UGCACUAAUAUUUGGGAGCAAGUUCAGUGAUUUGGUUUCAAACUUCAACAGUAUCAUCUAACAUUCUUUGAUUUCUAAUUUAAAUAAGAAAUGUCCAGUUUUGUUGGAAUUUCAGGAAGUGAAAAGGACUUCAGUACAGAUUUUGACAUGUCUAAGAGCCAUUCGUUCAACAAUUUUGGAUUUAGGUAUUUGAGUGAGGCUAGAACAAAGCUUUAGAACGCACAAAAAAACCUGUUCUUUUAAUAAGCCUCUGAUUAUAUUCCAAGUCUCAAGCUGCCACUGACCCUACUUCUUUCACUCUGCCACUGACCCUACUUCUUUCACUCUGCCAACCUUCCAAUCCCUAUCUUUACUUACAUAUUUACUCAAAUGGAUUAAACUUGAAUAUUGAGAACUUGCAAAUCCCAUAUGAAUUGCUUCAAUUCAACUCCAGUUAAUAAACCAGUAUGGAUUUCAAAAUUUUGUAGGAACGGAUAAGGUUUGGAGGUGUUUGUGGUCAUGGAAACAGGAAAUAUUUUCAGGAGUUUGAAGUCCUUAUUUUCGUUAUAAAUCAAGUUUUUGUCACAUUACUGCAAAGAUUAGUUUUGAGAGCAAGUGGGGCACUAAAUGUGGAUAUAGUUUUUAUUUGCCUCAUUACUUGAUUUCAAAGUGAAGUGAUUCAAGAUGUACAGCUCUUCAUGGAAACCUGUAUAAUGGACUUCUUUUCUAUUAAAUUAGAUGAGACAACAUUUCACAAUUUGGUACUGCGACUAAUAUGAAAUAUGCCCUACUGUGCAUCAGAGAGCUAAUGAUCAAGCAGACAAAAUUGGGAAGACACAUUCCAUUGUUGGCCUGGAUUCUACCAUGUGGUAUGGAGUAGUAUAAAGUCCUAAUGUGCUGCAGGUGUGUUUGUGCAUCAAUCUGGGCAGAUAUGACACAUGAUGAUUGAUUGCACUAUUACAAGAAAUUGCAGGAUCAUCCAGGUGUUUACAGAUUGAAGCUGAGUUGCUGAUAUGUGAAUAAGAUGAGUGGACCCAGAGAAAACUCAUUGGAUCCAGUAAAUUCUGAUUCAAGGAAACGGAAACUUUCAUCCUUUGAUGCUCAGGGAUCAAGUGUGAACUGUAGCAUUGAAAAACGCCGUCGUGAGCAAGAGAGCAAAUACAUCGAGGAGCUGGCUGAACUAAUUUCUGCCAACCUAAGUGACAUUGACAACUUCAAUGUCAAACCUGAUAAAUGUGCAAUCUUGAAAGAAACUGUGAGGCAGAUUCGUCAGAUAAAGGAGCAAGGAAAAGCAUCUUCAAAUGAAGAUGAUGUGCAGAAAGCAGAUGUGUCUUCGACUGGACAAGGAGUCAUUGACAAAGAUUCAUUGGGACCUCUCUUGCUGAAAGCCUUGGAUGGCUUUCUGUUUGUGGUUAAUCGAGAUGGAAACAUUGUUUUCGUGUCUGAAAAUGUUACCCAGUACCUUCAGUACAAGCAGGAGGAGCUUAUGAACACUAGUGUGUAUAACAUCCUUCACCAAGAGGACCGUGAUGAAUUUCUUAGAAAUUUGCCAAAAUCUACAGUAAAUGGGGUUUCUUGGACAAACGAAACACAGAGGCAGAAGAGCCAUACGUUCAACUGUCGUAUGUUAAUUCAGAUGCCAUAUGAUUCUUUAGAGGAAUCAAAUGGAAAUCCUGAGGCUCGUCAGAAGUAUGAAACUAUGCAGUGCUUUGCACUAUCUCAGCCAAAGGCUAUGACUGAAGAAGGUGAAGAUCUGCAGUCCUGUAUGAUUUGUGUAGCAAGACGGAUUACGCCAGUGGAGAGAUCGCCAUUUCCCUCCAGUCCUGAAAGCUUUGUCACAAAGCAUGAUAUGACAGGCAAGAUUACCUCAAUAGAUCCAAGUUCCCUGCGUGCUUCAAAGAAACCGGGCUGGGAAGAUCUUGUACGAAGAUGCAUUCAGAGGUUCUCUCACCAUAAUGAUGGACAGCCAUGGUCUCUGAAAAGACAUUACCAUGAAGCCUUUACGCAAGGUCAAGCUGAGAGUCCCCUUUAUCGAUUUUCCUUAUCGGAUGGUACAAUAGUCACUGCACAAACCAAGACCAAACUUAUACGCAGCCCAGCAUCUAAUGAGUCUGUUGGCUUUGGCUCUACCCACUUGCUGCAAAGGGAACAGAAUGGUUGCAGACUGAAUCAAACCAACAUGGGGCAAGAAAUGAUGAAAACGCUUGCUACAGCAAGCACAAACCCUUCGAGCAAUAUGAGCAUAUCAUCAGGGGCAACAGGACAGGGAAUGCCGGUGCAAAAUAAUAUGAACUAUGGUGCAAAUAGUUUGAAUGACCCCAGUUCUAUGGGGCAAAUGGGACGGUUUGGUGCAGCAGGUGGGACAGCUGGUGCAAUGAACCAUGGGUCUGGUAUGCAGACUCCUAACUUACAGGGAAACAGCUAUGCACUCACAAUGAAUAGUCCCCCACAUAGUAGUCCUGGGGUGAACACAAGCCAACAAAAUCUGAUGCUUUCACCAAGGCAUCAGGUGAGUCCACGAAUGGGACCCAACCAGUAUUCUUCAGCUGGUGGAAUGCAAUCACCAGUGGGGCAUAUUAACAGCACAGGCAGUAGCACCUUCUCUAGUAGUUCCCUUAAUGCACUUCAAGCCAUAAGUGAAGGAUUGGGAGUUUCACUCCUGUCAUCACUAUCAUCACCUGGUCAAAAGAUGGAAGCUUCCCCAAAUGUGAACUUGCUCCAGCAAUCAAAGAUGGGUAGCAUGGAUCUAAAAGAUUCACCUGGCCUUUUUGGGGAACACAACCAAGUUGAGAGCACAGUUGGUCGGCCAGAAAGCAGAGAUGCUCAUAGUGAACAGAAGAGCAUCAAGGAAGGAAAUUUAAACCUUUUUGGUAAUAACGACAACAUGGAGGGCCAGAGAAAAUUCCAUGAGAACAAAAACAACACCAAGCUGUUGCAAUUACUGACCUCCCCUACGGAUGACAUGGGGCUAACGUCUUUAACAAACCCUAACUUGGAUUCCAGUGUUAAGGACUCCUCUCCUGGCAUCACAAGUCCAACAGGGGUCUCCUCAACUUCAGCUUCAGCUGGUGGCAAUGCUGCUGCAGCCACAUUGCAUGGUUCUUCUUUACAAGAGAAACACAAAAUUUUACACAAGCUGCUGAAGAAUGGAAACUCACCUGCAGAAGUAGCCAAGCUUACUGCAGAGGCUACAGGCAAAGAGUCUUGUCAGGAUUCGGGAAGUAUGACACCAGUUGGAGAUGCUGUGAUCAAACAGGAACAGAUGAGUCCAAAGAAGAAGGAAAACAAUGCACUACUGCGAUACCUGUUAGAUAAAGAUGAUCCGAAAGAACUCACUUUAAAGGAUAUUAAACCUAAAAUUGAAGGAAUGGACAAAAUGGAUCCUUGUAAUGCAGCAAAAAUUUCAGGUUCAAUGCAGGUGAAAGAUGAAGUGCGCAUCAAAACUGAACCAACUGACCAGACGAGCAAUGAAUUGGACACUUUAGAUGAUAUUUUGGGUGAUUUGCCCCAGUAUUACCCUGAGUCUGGGAACAGCAGUACUAUGAUAAACAAGCAAGCAAUGUUUCAGGAUGUCAUGGCAUUUGAAAGAGGUCAUUCACCUUCCCCAGGAACAUCAAAGCAAAUCCGUGGCACUUUAGGCAGUCCACCACCAAUGCAGCCCUCUAGACCACGGUUUAACCGGGCCAUGUCAUUGGACAUAAACAGUCAGGGCCAGCCCAGUGCAGGACUUGGUCCUCCACUGAGAACCAGCAGCCCAUACGCAAUGAUGGCAAAGCAAGCAAUGUUGGCAAACCGGAUGGGAGGCAGCCAAGAAAGUUUUGUGGGGAGUGCAGGUUCACAUGGAGGUUUGAACAUUGCUCAACAAACUGCCAUGGCAACAGGAGAGUGGGGAUUGCCAAAUUCUUCUGGGAAUGCGGGGCCCAAUGCUAUGAUCAGACCAGGUUCAGACUAUAGUUCGUCUAUCCAAAGAACUAUGGUGGGUAACUCCUCACUUGGAAUGCAGAUGCGGUCUAAUGGACAAUCCAGUGCGAGAGCAUUGCUUCAGCAACAGAUGAUGGGAUUGAGACCUUCAGAAAUGGAUAUGGGUCUUGGAGGUCCACAGUUUGCGCAACAGCAAGGUCCAACCAAUCCAGCUACAUCAUGGUCAGAAAGUGUCCUUCAGAUGGAACCAGGAUCUUCAGGCAACCAGAGCAGGCAACCAUUUGGGAACUCUCUGGAUGAUCUUCUUUGCCCUCCCACUACUGCAGAGGCUCAGAAUGACGAGAAAGCUCUACUGGAUCAAUUAGACACACUGCUGAGUAAUGCAGAUGAAAUGGGUCUAGAAGAAAUUGACAGGGCUUUAGGAAUUCCAGAUCUUAUCAGUCAGGUAUCAGAAUCAAAUCCUUGUUUUGUAUUUUUCUUUUAUUGACUUUAUAACAUAUUGGUAAGAGAUGUGAGAACUAGAGAAUGGUAAAUAACAGUUUGUACACCCUGUUGCCAUUGAACAGUCUUAUUGCUAGGUACUUCAUGACUAGAUGCAGAUCACAAGGUUCAUUCCUGAUGCCUCAUUCCUGAUGAAGGCCUCUUGCCCAAAACAUUGAUUCUCCUGCUCCUUUGAUGCUGCCUGACUUGAUGUGCUUUUCCAGCACUCCACACUCUACUCUGACCUCCAACAUCUGCAUCCUCACUUUCUCCUAGAUGCAGUUUACACCCAUCAAUGUAAUAACCUAAUUCCAGAAAAGCAGCUUAGAGGUAUAAUCCACUGACAU